UUGGAGGCCACCUCAUGAAGUACUUAACAUUUUCUGAAAGCUGUUCCUUCCUACGUGACAUAGCACGUGCUGAAACCACCGAAUCGGUAUCAUCUAAAUUUGACAUAACGGCUACUCUAGUUCUGAUAGAACCUCAGGUUCAAGGUUCAUUUCUAUCAUCCGUUACAGAAAUGCCAAGAACUCGAGAGUGGGGAAUUAAAUCGCUGUGUUUUAAGAGUGCACUUCUCGGCACCAAUCUAGUUUAAAAUCAUCUGUAAACAACGCAAAAUGGGCACCAGAGCCGUUUUGGUGUUGCUGAUUUUCCUCUCGGUCGGUCGCAGUGAUCGAAGUUUGCGGUCGGUUUUUGGCGCAAUUUUCGUUCCGGGCACGCAGUUCAGCCAAUCGGAGAACAGUGUGAGCCAGAGCGCGCCCCCAGAAGCCCCCCCGAUGGCCUAUUCGGUCACCGAGAAGGAGUUCACCGCGUUGCGGAUCGAAUACAUCAAAAACCAAAUCCUGAAGAAGCUCAGGCUGAAGGAGAAGCCCACGGUGGCUUUGGCCGAGCUGCCCAAGCCAGUCAAGGAGUACGACAAUUUGAUACCGGACCAGGAGGAUAAUUUGCACAGUGGAUACUCGGAGGACUUCUACGGGAAGACCACGCAAGCCAUCAUCUUCCCCUAUGAAGAUGAGGCUCGAUGUUUGCGAAAAAUUCGCUUCCCCUCAGUUUGCGUCCCUUUCCAAAUGCCCACUGAUAUCCACUCGACCGAUGUUAGCACGGCUGAACUUUGGUUUCACAAAGUGCCUGAUAAUCUGGACUCCCAUAAUCAAACUUUCGUGGUAUCGGAAGUUGCCCAUUGGGACACCAAUAAGAGUUUCCAAAAAACGAAGCCUAUAGCCAUCCAGGAAACGAGUCUCACAGAGGGUUGGCUGAAGGUGGACGUGACGUACGUGGUGAAAAACUGGCUCGAUUUCCAAGACUCGCCAACGCACGCCAUCAGCGUGGCUUGCAAGACCUGCGGCAUGGACAAGAACCAGUCUCCCAUUUCGUUUUCGAGCGAAUUUAAGCCGUUUUUGGUGGUCUACACCCACUCGCAGCAGAGGAGGUCGCUGCACCGCCGGCCGAAGAGGGCAACGAAGUGCUCCGCAGGCCGGAACGAGUGCUGCAGGGAGAGCUUCUACGUCUCGUUUGCGGACAUCGGCUGGGACGACUGGAUCAUGAGUCCUGCAGGAUACGACGCCUACUUCUGCAAAGGCUCGUGUGUCACAGCCUCCGCGCUGACGCUCAGCGCCACGCAACAUAACAGUAUAUUACAGAAAGUCAUGUACGGGCAGAAUAAAAAUCGCGGCUCGCGACCCGAAUUGACUCCCUGUUGCGCUGCAACGCAGUUUCAGCCGCUGCAGCUGGUUUAUAUGGACAAUAAUAAAACUAUGAUGACGAAAGUUCUGUCGAAUAUGAUAGUGGAAAGUUGUGGUUGUUGGUGAUGACACUGUAACAGUAACAGUAUUUUGUUUCGUGAUUUUUCACGUGCAACUAACCAAAGCGAGAGAUACCAAAAAUUGGGGAAAUUUUCGUUUUAGAAUUUUUCGCCAGGCGAGGAUUUUCUACGUCAAUUUAAUUUAUUUCUUAGUUAAUUUUAUGUCAAGCUAUGUUAUAUUUAUUUUAUGUGUAUUUUUUAAUUUUAUAAGUAAACCAAUUGAGCAAA